AUGCCCUCUACUCUCAAUUUCCAGUCCGAGGCACCUAUUGGUCUGGGCGAAGAAGAUCGUUAUGUGGUAACCUUGGAGCAGUAUGGCCUACAGCCACCCUCUGCAAAGCAAAAGCUCACGCCUUUAGACAUGAAUAUGCCCAGGCUGUAUGGUAUCCGCUUGGUUCUAUGCUUUCCAACUAACCCUGAUAUGGAUAAGCGGCAGAUAUAUGAGAACCUGAAGAAGGGCUUGACUCACACUGUCACUUCCAUUCCUUGGAUAUCUGGACAAAUUGGCCCGGAAGAAGGACGGGAUCCCAAGACCCGGAAGGUCCAGAUUCUUGACUCGCCAUCUGGAUUUAAGUUCCCGUACAAGGAUCUCACGGAUACACUGCCAUCUUAUACAGAGUUACACGAGAGACACUUCCCUUUGGCAGAAUUCACCACAGCUCAGGUCGGCCCUAUCGAUGCCAUGCCACAGGGACCCAACCAGCCUGUCUUUGCAGCUCAGGCUAAUUUCGUCGAAGGUGGCCUUCUGCUGACUGUGGGAGUCCAUCACUCGGCAUGUGAUGCGUCAGCCUUGGACGCUAUCCUGAGCACGUGGUCACACAAUACUGCCGUAGCUAGCGAUGGUCCUGGAUCCUUUUCCAUGUUUGAUGUACCAUCCAACGAUCGCAUACCUUUGAUGGAAGGAGAUCCUAGCAUCGUCGACGUGGCUGCUUUUCCUGAGUAUGUGCUGAUGCCUACGCCUCACUCCAUUGAGGGUGAUUUGUCAAGCAUGUCUGGAUUCCAGAUGCCUCCCCUCGCAAGUCACCUUUUCCACUUCUCGACGGAGUCUCUUACAAAGCUUAAAGAAAAGGCAGCAGCAUUCUCUUCCCAUGAUGCCCUCUGUGCUUUUGUAUGGCAGUGCAUGACUUUGGCACGAAUGCAUUCCGGGGUCUUCAGUGACCCCCCUACAAAGGAUUCAACAACGCGCUUCUGCUUUGCUGUUAAUAUUCGUAGCCGAACGAGCCCUCCGCUGCCAUCUUCUUAUAUGGGCAAUGCUUCCAUGGGGUGCGUAACGGAGAAGAUCGCCGUGACUUCCAUUUUAUCGAACGAUGGAUUGAAGCAAGCUUCAGCCAUGGUACGGAGGUCACUGAAGGACUUCAGCCAUACGAGAGAGAACUUACCAGUCUGUACAUUCAUCUCUCUUUGA